AUGAAUGAACGAGGAAAAUGUGUUGUUGAUUUAUAUGGUGGUUGGAAAGAUUUACAAAGAAAAGAACCAUAUACAUCUGAUACAUUACAAUUAGUUUUUUCAGUAUCAAAAGGAAUUUUAUCAGCAGCUAUAGCUUUAUGUGUUGAAAGAGGUGAUUUAUUAUCACAUCGUGCUGAUUUACCAUAUAUUAAUCAAACUCUUACAGUUGAUGAUGUAUGUGAUUGGUCUAAAAUGAUUUCUUUAUUAAUUAAUGAAAAGCCUCAUUGGAAACCUGGUACAACACAUGGAUAUCAUGGUCAUACGAUUGGAUAUAUUGCUGGAGAAUUAAUUCAUCGUGUUGAUCCUCAACAUCGUUCAUAUGGACAAUUUGUUCGUGAUGAAUUAGAUCAUGAUUAUUAUGUUGGUAUAACAAAUAAUGAGAUCGAUGCACGUGUCGCUCCAUUAUUUGAAAAACAGGUCGAUAGAAAAACAGUCGAUCCAAAAUUCAUAGAUUCAGCAGCUGACAAAACUUUAACAUUUAAUGGUGCUUUACCUUUAGAACAAUCUCAAAUGAUCUAUAAUGAAUCGAAAAUUCAUCGUGCAGAAUUACCAGCUGUUAAUGGUAUUACAAAUGCUCGAUCUUUAGCUAAAAUUUAUAGUUUACUUAUUGGUGAUGUUCAUGAAAAUGGAAAUAUUUUAAAAUGUCUUUUAAGUAAAAAAACAUUAUCAGAAGCAAUAAAAAAUUCAACACCAAUUGGUGAAUUAGAUCAAACUUUAUAUAAAAUGCCAACAACUUUUAGCAAAGGCGGUUUUCAAAUAUAUGGAGAUAGUUUUCAUAUAUUUGGUGAUGGAGUUUUUGGUCAUACUGGGUAUGGUGGUAGUUGUGCAUUUGCUUAUCCGUCACAACAAUUAACUUAUGCUCAUGUAUGCAAUCAUCUAGAUCCUUAUGCAUUUACAAUUGAUCAUCGAAGUAUUCGUAUUAUUCAAGCUAUUGAAAAUAUUCUUAAACAUCAAUAG